GACAAGCACGCACAGGAACACACUUCGAACCAGAAGAUGGGACUGCUGGAAAUAUUUCUCCAGGCGGACACCGGUGUCCCCCUGCUAGGGGCUGCAGUGAUCCUGCUCCUGGUCUACUUUGCUUCGUCCACUUUUAACUCCAGUGAGGGUGGCUAUGAACCUCCGGGACCACGACCACUUCCUUUGCUGGGAAACCUUCUGCAGCUGGACCUGAAGAGACCCUACAACACGCUGGUGGAGCUCUCCAAGAAGUAUGGCCCGGUGUUUACCGUCUACCUGGGGUCCAAGAAGGUGGUGGUUCUGGCCGGCUACCAGACGGUGAAGGAGGCACUGGUCAACCAUGCGAACGAGUUUGGAGACAGAGACACCUUACGAAUCGUGACGGAGUAUAACAAAGGCCACGGGGUCUUAUGGAGCAAUGGAGACUCGUGGAAGGACAUGAGACACUUCGCCCUCACCAACCUGAGAGACUUUGGAAUGGGUAAGAAGGCGUGUGAAGACAAGAUCAUUGAGGAAAGCCAACACCUCAUGGAGGUCAUCAGGAAGAUCAAUGGAGAAUCCUUUGAUACCACUCAGCCCAUCAACUACGCCGUCUCCAACAUCAUCUCCUCCAUCGUUUACGGAAGCAGGUUUGAGUAUGACGAUCCAGAGUUCACAGCCAUGGUGGACGAAAUGAACCGGAAAAUCCAGCUGGCCGGUUCGCCCUCAGCUCAGGUCUUCAACAUGUUCCCGUGGCUCGGCAAGAUGCUGCCACAGAACAAGGAAUUCUUUCGCCUAACUGACAACUGCAGUAGGAAGAAUCUGGAAGUAUUCCGCCGUUUGAAAGAAAGCCUCAACCCACUGAUGUGCAGAGGCUUGGUGGACGCUUUCUUUGUCCGCAAGCAACAGCUGGAGGUGUGUCCACACUUAAAGACCUCGGCGCUCGGCGGUCUGCUGGUGCUGCUGCUGAUCUAUGUCGUCUCCUCUUCGGCUUCCAGCUCGCAGGAGUCCCGCAGGGAGCCUCCAGGGCCCAGGCCGCUCCCCUUGCUGGGGAAUCUGCUCCAGCUGGACCUCCGUAGACCACAUUGGACCCUCACGGAGAUGUCCAAGAAGUACGGACCAGUCUUCACCUUCCACAUGGGGCCCAAGAAGGUGGUGGUCCUGGCUGGCUACAAGACAGUGAAGGAGGCACUGGUCACGUACGCCGAAGACUUUGGAGAGAGAGAACCUCUGACCACCGCCAAGGAGUCCAAGCUGGAGUACGGUGUCGUAUGGAGCAACGGUGACUCAUGGAAGGAGAUGAGACGCUUCGCUUUGACCAACCUGAGAGACUUUGGAAUGGGCAAGAAGGCGUGUGAGGACAAGAUCAUUGAGGAAAGCCAACACCUCAUGGAGGUCUUCACCAACCACAAAGGGGAAGCGUUCGACAACAACCAGAUCAUCAACUACGCUGUGUCCAACAUCAUCUGCUCUCUGGUGUUUGGCAGCAGGUUCCGCUACGACGACCCUGUCUUUGUUGCCAUGGUGCAGCGCACCAGCAAGGGCCUCCAGCUAGUGGGAGCUCCAACCAUGCAGUUGUACAACAUAUUCCCGUGGUUAGGCAAGUGGUUCUUCUCAGUGAGAGAGGAGCUCCGCAGUUUGGGAGCCGCCAACCGCAAGAUGGCCAUGGAGCUGGUCCAGGGCCUGAAGGAGACGCUCAACCCACACACCAGCAGAGGUCUAGUGGACGCCUUCCUUAUUCGCCAGCAGCAUCAGGAGGAGUCCGGGGACUUGGGUCACUUCCACAAUUCAAACCUGAUGAUGAUAGUGUCCAACCUGUUUGCUGCUGGCACAGAAACCACCUCAACCACGCUCAGAUGGGGACUUCUUCUCAUGGCCAAGUACCCAAAGAUACAAGAACAGGUCCGUCAGGAGUUGAACAGCGUGAUCGGGGAUCGACAGGUCCAGGUGGAGGACAGGAAGAACCUGCCCUUCACGGACGCUGUCAUCCACGAGACCCUGAGGGUGGGCAACAUCGUCCCCAUGGCGCUUCCUCACAGGACAAGUCGGGAUGUCACCUUCCAGGGUCACUUCAUCAAGAAGGGGACGACGGUGCAUCCUCUCCUCACGUCCGUCCUCUACGACGAGGACGAGUGGGAGAAGCCGCACUCCUUCCAUCCCGCCCACUUCCUGGACAAAGAUGGGAACUUCUUCAAGCGAGAUGCCUUCAUGCCUUUCUCUGCAGGUCGCAGGGUCUGUCUGGGAGAAAGUCUGGCCAAAAUGGAGCUCUUCAUCUUCUUCACCACACUCAUACAGCACUUCCGCUUCACCCCUCCCCCGGGGGUCUCAGAGGACCAACUGGACCUGACCCCGCGAGUGGGCGGCACCCUCAGCCCCAUGCCCCACAAACUGUGUGCUGUCUCGUGCAUGCGAGGUUAGAUUGCGAGCACUUUCUGUUGUUUGCAAUCAUCUCACAGGGUUUUACUCUUGAAAGUAUAAAUGUGUAAGACCGCUAAUAUUACUGACACAAAUAAUUGUGCUAUGGAGUCAUAUAGCAACAAAUGUAAAUUGUGCUGAAUAAAGAUUUGCUUGCA